AUGACCAUUGAGAAAAGGCACGCGCAGCUCUACUGCAUACAAGGCUACGGCCGAACAGUCUGCACUCACAACGCGAGAACACUCCUAGAGGCAUACUUGAUAAUCUACGAAACCGACCCAGCCACAACAAGCAUCGACAACGCCUUCAAACUAUCAUCUCUUACCGCACUUACCGCUGCAGUUAUUGUGUUUCUGGAUUUAAUCGGUGAACGAUAUACGAGUCAGAACCAGAACCAAAAUCUGAAUCAGAGGAGCGGGCACGGGUACGAUGAGGCCCUGGUUAACAGGACGGUUACGGCGCCCAGGGAGUGUGCCGGGGGUGUGCCGGGGUCGUUGUGUGGACAGUGCUGUAUGGUUUUGGAGGCGAUGGUGGAUUGUAGUCGAGCCGGGAAGGGGGUGAAGGGGCAGAGGGUUGUUGUGUCGUAUCUUGGGGUGGUUUCUAUUGAGAGGAGGCAUGGCACUCAGGCGAGUUUGCAUGAACGAGAUGAGAUGGGAAUGCGUUGGAUCUUUCGCUAAAUGAUUUACUCUGGGCAUAUCUAAUCCAUGAAACUUCGGACGAGAUGCAAAAAAGUCACUGCUCGUCCGAGAACGACAGCUCUGAAUUUGUUAGUCAGCUCUAGCCAGUCAGCUCCAGAGUAUAAUGUACAAUGCAGGGGUAAAAAUGCCAGCUCAACCCCAAGACAGAGCUCCAUAACAGCAUUGCCAUAUGGCACAAUUUCUGUCGAAUGAAUAAACAUUCUGGAAGGUUAUCGCGCGGAGCGGAGAAAUCAAAUCAAAUAAAAUCAAAUCCCCUCGGCCGUAGACCGACUCGCU